CGAAUGCAAGCUUGCUGAUGGGUGCGUUGGCAUGAGGCCUGUCGUUUAGAGGAUCGUGCGGCGCUGCUAUUACCAGUGUGGUACUUGAUGCUUUAAUGUACAGAGUGCAAAUGUUUGUGUGCUCCUUGUAAAGAUUGGAGAGUGGCACUUUGGAACCGAAGCGGUGGAGUGUGAAUGAGAGUGGCGGCGUAGAGCCAUUCCCUGAAUUAUCAACAUCUUGUUGACAAUUUGUUCACACUCCAUUUUUGGUGGACUGCUUUGAAGUUACAACCAAUCGCAAAUAUGUUGAUGAGCAAGAGGCCCAAGAUUGCAGCGCUGGACGGAGACAUGAGUGCCAUCAUCAGCAGCAAAGGGCACAUUGGGUAUGGCACUACUGUUUCGUCUCCGACGUUCCAGCUAGAGCAGCCGUACACUAACGGUCUCAUUGGUGCCGCCUUCCCGGAGAAAUGUAUGGUCGGGUUUCGCGAUGUGAAUGCUCAGAGCGAGGAUCCUCUGAACUGGGGGAAGGUCGCUGCUGGGCUGGCGGGUAGCCACUUACAGGAGGUGAGGCAAAUGGUGACGGCCUUCUUCGAGUGCAGCGUUGUGGUGCUGGAAGGCGCCAGCUUGACCAUUGCGCAAGUGGCUGCCAUUGCGAGGAGGCCGGAGGUAAAAGUGGUGCUCGACGCUGACACUGCCAAAGAACGGGUGGACGAAAGCUCCGACUGGGUGCUGUCGUGUGCCUUGAAGGGCACUGACACUUACGGCGUCACCACGGGGUUUGGAGCGACUUCCCACCGCAGGACAAACCAGGUAGCCGAGCUGCAGUUCGAGCUUAUCCGGUUUCUGAACGCCGGAAUUGUGGGCAAGGGCGACGGCAACACGCUGCCAUCGCCUACCACUCGGGCUGCCAUGCUCGUUCGCACCAACACUCUAAUGCAGGGUUACUCCGGGAUCAGGUGGGAAAUUUUGGUGGCGAUAAGCAAGCUGCUGAACGCCAAUGUGACACCAAAGCUGCCGCUGAGAGGAACGAUCACUGCUUCAGGGGACUUGGUACCAUUGUCAUACAUUGCGGGAUGUUUGACAGGGCGGCAGAAUUCUAGAGCUUACACGGCGGAGGGGAAGGAGGUGACCUCUGAGGAAGCGCUGCGAAUCGCUGGGGUGGGAAAGCCAUUCCAGUUGGAGCCUAAGGAAGGACUUGCUCUCGUGAACGGGACUGCGGUUGGGUCAGCUCUGGCAUCCACUGUUUGCUUCGACGCGAAUGUGUUGGUCGUGAUGGCUGAGGUUCUGAGCGCGCUCUUCUGCGAGGUGAUGCAAGGGAAGCCGGAGUUUGCGGACCCUUUGACGCAUAAAUUGAAACAUCACCCUGGGCAGAUGGAGGCCGCGGCGAUGAUGGAGUGGGUACUGGAUGGAAGCUCCUACAUGAAAGCCGCCGCAGAAGCACAUGCCACAGAUCCGUUGAGUAAGCCCAAACAAGACCGCUACGCGUUGCGAACCUCCCCGCAGUGGCUCGGGCCCCACAUUGAGACAAUCCGAGCUGCGACGCACUCCAUUCAGAGGGAAAUCAACUCCGUAAACGAUAACCCCUUAAUUGACGUCUCCAGGGACAUGGCGCUACAUGGGGGUAAUUUCCAAGGCACCCCCAUCGGCGUGUCCAUGGACAACAUGCGCUUGUCGAUCGCUGGAAUCGGCAAGCUUAUGUUCGCACAAUUCUCUGAGCUCGUCAAUGACUUCUACAACAACGGCUUGCCUUCGAAUUUGAGUGGAGGUCCAAACCCCAGUCUGGACUAUGGCAUGAAAGGAGGCGAGAUUGCCAUGGCAUCCUACACCAGCGAGCUUCAAUACCUCGCUAACCCCGUUACCACACACGUCCAGAGCGCCGAGCAGCACAACCAGGACGUGAAUUCUCUGGGAUUAAUCUCUGCCCGCAAAACCGCUGAGGCCAUCGAAAUCCUGAAGCUUAUGACUUCCACCUACUUAGUCGCCCUCUGUCAAGCCAUCGACUUGCGCCACCUCGAGGAGACAAUGCAAGCAACCGUGAAGACCGUGGUGGCACAAGCUGCGAAGAAGACGCUUUUCCUGGGCACGAAUGGUGCUCUUCAAGUGGCCCGUUUCUGUGAGAAGGAACUCUUAAAAGUCGUCGAGCGCCAGCCAGUCUUCACAUACGUUGACGACCCGGCGAACACAAAAUAUCCAUUGAUGGAGAAGCUUAGACAAGUCCUGGUUGAGUAUUCUCUCAAGUAUAUCACUGAGAAGGACGACGGCUUGUCGAUUUUCAACAAGAUCCCUGCAUUUGAGGAAGAGGUGAAGACUCAAUUGCGGCUCGAGGUGGCUGCCGCGCGUGCAAGCUUCGAUAAUGGCGUAUCCCCGAUUCCUAACCGAGUGAUGGACUGCAGGUCGUAUCCUCUCUACCAGUUCGUAAGGUCUGAGCUCGGUACUGCUCUGCUCACUGGACAGAGCUCGCAGUCUCCCGGAACCGAUUUCGAGAAGGUUUACGAUGCGAUUUGCGAGGGAAGGCAUGUAGCGCAUUUGAUGAAGGUCUUGGAAGGCUGGUCAUGCGUGCCGGGGUCGUUGUGUGUAUAAAUUGCCAGAAUCUGGGUGACCCAACGAGGGAUUUGUGACGGUGAACGUGCACACAAGUCGAUGAUUCACGACUUGUGUGCUGCAGAGAGUAUUUGGAUCAUGCCAUUUUUUCGACCUCGUUUACUACACCGGUGGACAGAAGUUAAGAUAUUGUUGUGCAGAUAUGCAGAUUAGAAAAUUCUGGAUAUUACCACUAGACGUUCGUGGAGACCUUAGAGAAAGAAAAGCAACCCCAUUCUCCAGCCAUUCUAGUGGUGGACUAUUUACCAUCUUUGAGCCGCUUUCUCAACAUUGACAUAUAUGUAAUUCCAAUUUUAUAGUUAAAAAUCUGAUUUCUGAUAUGUAUUGAUUGGCC